AUGAUGUUUAAAAUAAAACUAGAGCCUUUAAAAAUGACAGCUUGGACUCUGAAUGUGUUUGUGAAGUUUCAGAAUAAGUAUUCGGCUCCCAGCAGCAUCGCCAUCAUGGGAAAGGACUAUUACAAGAUUUUGGGCAUCCAGUCCAGUGCCAAUGAGGAUGAAAUCAAGAAAGCCUACCGGAAAAUGGCCCUGAAAUAUCACCCCGAUAAGAAUAAAGACCCCAAUGCUGAGGAUAAGUUCAAGGAGAUUGCGGAGGCUUACGAUGUCCUGAGUGACCCCAAGAAACGAGCUGUUUAUGACCAGUAUGGGGAGGAAGGUCUCAAAACUGGAGGUGGCUCUUCAGGUGGCUUAGGGAACACUUUCCACUACACCUUCCAUGGAGACCCCCAUGCCACCUUUGCGUCCUUCUUUGGAGGCUCCAACCCUUUUGACUCCGGCCAGUUGGGCUUCAACGGCAUUAACGGGGUUCACCGGCGGCACCAGGAGUCCCUGCACACGUGGAGAAAGGUCCAAGACCCACCUGUCAUCCAUGAGCUCAAGGUAUCCCUGGAAGAGAUCUACCACGGCUCUACCAAGAGGUUGAAGAUCACCCGUAGAAGGCUCAAUGCUGAUGGCCGGACCAUGUGGACUGAGGACAAGAUCCUAAACAUUGUCAUUAAACGGGGUUGGAAGGAGGGAACCAAAAUCACAUUCCCCAAAGAAGGGGACGCCACCCCAGACAACAUCCCUGCUGACAUCAUCUUCAUCCUCAAGGACAAGCCUCACUUGCAUUUCAGGAGGGAUGGGACAAACAUGAUCUACACUGCAAGCAUCAGUCUUAAAGAGGCCUUAUGUGGCUGCACUGUGAACGUUCCCACCAUUGAAGGGCAGGUGAUCCCACUGCCCUGCAAUGACAUCAUCAAGCCAGGGACAGUGAAGAGACUGCGUGGGGAGGGGCUGCCCUUCCCCAAGGCCCCCAGCCAGCGAGGAGACUUGAUCGUGGAGUUCAAAAUCCACUUCCCGGACAGAAUAGCUCCCCAGACAAGACAGAUCCUCAAGGAGCACCUCCCAUGCUCCUAAAGCCUGGGGAUUCUCCUCCAGGCAGCAGUAUUCCAAAUACACAUGCCGCAGCAUCUGACCUGCAGAGCAGAGGUGCUAGAGCACUUUCAAAUGCA